AUGAAUUGGGACAAGAUGAAAACAAAUGGAGGAGCAACAACAACAACUUGUCAAUCUACUCUGCUUGAAGAGAUGAAGCUGUUGAAAGAUCAGUCAGGAACGAGAAAGCCGGUAAUAAACUCGGAGCUAUGGCACGCUUGUGCAGGCCCUCUGGUUUGUCUCCCUCAAGUUGGGAGCCUGGUGUAUUACUUCUCACAAGGUCAUAGCGAACAGGUUGCUGUUUCAACCAGAAGAUCAGCAACGACCCAAGUUCCUAAUUACCCAAACCUUCCAUCUCAGUUGAUGUGCCAAGUCCAUAAUGUUACUCUACAUGCAGACAAAGACAGUGACGAAAUCUAUGCUCAGAUGAGUCUUCAACCUGUUCACUCUGAGAGAGAUGUGUUUCCUGUACCGGACUUUGGGCUAUUGAGAGCAAGCAAGCACCCGGCUGAGUUUUUCUGCAAAACACUUACCGCGAGUGAUACAAGUACACAUGGAGGUUUCUCUGUGCCACGUAGAGCCGCAGAGAAGCUAUUUCCACCUUUGGACUACACAGCACAGCCGCCAACUCAAGAGCUUGUAUCGCAGCUGAUGGUUGGUGUGAGGCGAGCUAAUAGACAACAAACAGCACUUCCUUCGUCAGUUCUCUCAGCAGAUAGUAUGCACAUCGGUGUUCUUGCUGCUGCUGCUCACGCCACUGCAAACCGCACUCCUUUCUUGAUAUUCUACAAUCCAAGAGCUUGUCCAGCAGAGUUUGUGAUCCCUCUCGCUAAAUACCGCAAGGCGAUAUGUGGCUCUCAGCUCUCAGUUGGUAUGAGGUUCGGAAUGAUGUUUGAAACAGAGGACUCCGGGAAACGUAGAUACAUGGGAACCAUUGUUGGAAUCAGCGAUCUUGAUCCAUUGAGAUGGCCUGGUUCUAAGUGGCGUAACCUUCAGGUUGAAUGGGAUGAGCCUGGAUGUAACGAUAAGCCUACUAGGGUCAGUCCAUGGGACAUCGAAACACCUGAAAGUCUCUUCAUUUUUCCUUCUCUGACCUCAGGACUCAAACGUCAGAUCCAUCCAUCUUAUUUUGCGGGUGAAACAGAAUGGGGUAGUUUGAUCAAACGGCCUCUUAUCCGUGUUCCUGAUUCCGCAAACGGGAUCAUGCCUUACGCGUCAUUCCCAAACAUGGCUUCGGAGCAGCUUAUGAAGAUGAUGAUGAGACCUCACAACAACCAGAACGCAACAUCUUUCAUGUCUGAGAUGCAGCAGCAGAAUGUUUUGAUGGGGCAUGGAGGUUUCCUCGGAGAUAUGAGGAUGCAGCAGCAACCAAUGGUAAUGAACCAGAAACCUGAGAUGGUGCAGCAAGAAAGCAAGCUGACUGUGACACCGUCUGCUUCUAACAUGAGUGGCCAAGAACAGAAUCUGUCACAGAGUAUGAAUGCUCCUGCUAAACCGACGCUUUCUGGUUGCAGCUCUGGGAGAGUCGGUCAUGGAAAUGAGCAGCAGUCAAUGGAACAGGCUAGCCACGUGAAGACAGCCACAGUCUCUAAUGAAGAAAAGCAGCUAAUCCAGAAACCGGCUGCUUUGUCUCCUUUACAAGCUGAUCCAUGUGCUGACAUAAGCCAACAGAUAUACCCACCACAGUCUGAUCCAAUGAAUGGGUUCUCUUUCCUGGAAACCGAUGAGCUGACAUCACAGGUCUCUUCCUUCCAGUCACUUCCUGGGUCAUACAAGCAACCAUCCAUGCUAUCCCCUCAAGAUUCUUCAGCUGUUGUGUUGCCGGAUCCGACAAACUCAUCGCUGUUUCACGAUGUGUGGGACACUCAGCUGAACGGACUCAAGUUCGACCAGUUCAGUCCCUUGAUGCAGCAGGACCUUUUUGGCUGUCAGAAUAUGUGUAUGAGUAACAGCACGCACAGCAACAUACUAGAUCCUCCGCUCUCAAACAGAGUUCUUGAUGACUUCUGUGCCAUCAAAGAAACUGAUUUCCAGAACCACCCUUCUGACUGUUUGGUCGGGAACAACCACAACAGUAGCUUCGCUCAAGAUGUUCAGUCGCAGAUCACAUCCGCUAGCUUUGCAGACUCACAGGCCUUCUCUCGCCAAGAUUUUCCAGAUAACUCUGGAGGAACUGGUACAUCUUCAAGCAAUGUUGACUUUGAUGAUAGUAGCCUCCUGCAGAACAGCAAAGGAGGCUCAUGGAAGAAAAUGCCAACACCACGCGUCCGAACCUACACUAAGGUUCAGAAAACCGGGUCUGUCGGGAGGUCAAUUGAUGUCACAAGCUUCAGAGACUACGAGGAGCUGAAGUCUGCAAUCGAGUGCAUGUUUGGAUUGGAAGGAGUGCUCACUCAACCGCAAAGCUCGGGGUGGAAGCUUGUGUAUGUUGAUUACGAGAGUGAUGUUCUGCUUGUAGGAGAUGAUCCAUGGGAAGAGUUUGUGGGAUGUGUGAGGUGCAUUAGGAUACUUUCACCUACGGAGGUCCAGCAGAUGAGUGAGGAAGGGAUGAAGCUUUUGAACAGCGCAGGCAUUAACGAUCUCAAGGCUUCUGUUUCAUAA